CGAGCUGCUAGUAGCAGUCAUUUGCCAUGCCAUGCUGUUACCCAGCGAUGCUUUUGAUGAAGAGGAGGCUCCCGAUGAUGCAGAGGAAGAAGACCAAACCUUCAACGAGGAGGAGUGGAUUGGCCAACAGUUCGAGUCCAUCCAAGAUACAUGUACAUGGUUCCAGCAGGAGCUCUCUGAAGUGGAAGACGUGGCGCCGUUGGUAUUAUACGCUUCAAGGGACAUCAGAGCAGCUGCAAUGCGUAUUAUGUCCUUUCUUGAAAAUAAGGAUCCUUGCACUAUCAGAUUCACCGGAGGCCACGAAUUCCCACUUAUGUCAGAGUCAGGGCAAGUUACUACCCGAUUCCAACACGCUUUCGAGCUGAUGGAGCAGGUGGCAAACAAUGCAGUUUCAGAGCAGAGAUCCUGGAAUGAUGACCAAGCUUCACUGCAGAGUGGCUUUGACACCGCCGCAGCCCUGGUCGGUGCAACGCGGAUCCUUGAGCAGGAGAUAUUGAAUCAUGAUGAUUAUAUUCCUGCAAGCUACCAGCCCACAAGAGGUCAGUCAAGGAGCUUGACCAGCUUGGCUCGCACUUUGACCAGCGCUUGGACCCUGGUUACUGGCGCUCCUGUUCCACCAGCCGACCUCAAGGGGAGCGAGUGGGCCAUCUCAAGCUACGACGCGAACGAGGUCUUGUCCGACGAUGCAGGUGGACAUUGGUGGCCAAACCGGGCUGAAGUACGCGCUGAGGAACUUACCGUAGUUUUUGAGAUCAUGGGCAAUGAUGCCUUCGACGCCUACCUUGCCUACGAAGACGACGCUCAUAAUGAAGCGGUGCAGUUGGCCAUUUGCAUCUCCUACUAUGCAAAGGACAUAUUGAAGCGAGUUGGCGAAGUGCCAGAGGGGUGCUACACUGUGGACUAUCCAGGUGACGGGCCCGAACUACUGCUGAUGAUAGGCUCUGAAGCCCACUACACGAACUACAUGAUUCGCAACACAAAAGCCAGCGUUGAUGAAUGUGUUGCGCAAGCACGCCGUAUUUUGCACUGUGCCCGCGCUGUGGAAGAGUGGUACCACAAGGAGGCGGAAGAGAGUGAAAGCCGUGAAUCGAUCCCAUUGGUUUGCUUCCGCCUGGUCGCAAAUUCUGACUACUCAGAGGCCAUGACUGAGAUGACCAGGAGGGAAGUUGGAUUGUCAGAGACAGCAAGUGACUACGAGCACGACUGGCUGGCUCCCCCCCAGUCAUGGUAUGAAAUACCUGAACCCAGCAUACUGGAACCCAGCGCAAAGUUCUUCUUUGAAAGACAGUUUUACCAUCAUAUUCAAGAAGCAGCAAGAUCUCAGCAAGAGAUGUGCCCAGCGUGCUACACUCCACUUCAGCUCGAGCCUGCACCACACGGCCUGGAAGCUUCUUGUGAACGGUGUUGCAGGCGGUUGGAUCUACAAUGCUACCGUUGCUUGGCAUGCCAGUGGACCAUUUGCCAUACAUGCCACUUGUCAUGGGACCGACAAAUCGAUUUGUUCCCACUACAUUUGGCCGUUGAAGAGGGCGAUGUUCAUGUGGCGAAGAUGUACUCAGCUUUAAUUGAUGAUCACAAUGGACAUGGCGAGACACCUUUGCAUGUGGCCGCAUCGAUGGGGCGACUUGAAAUGGCAAAAUGGCUGGUUGCCCAAAGAGCAGAUGUGAAUGCUUGUACGCGUGACAACCGCAAACUUGAUCCACUGUGCUUGGCUGCAGUAGCCGGACACAAGGCUGUUGUUUCAUUGCUUUUGGAAUGUCGUGCAGACGUAUGCCAAGCGCUUUACAAUUCUGUUCAUGACCGUGCCAUCCCAGCAGCACAAUUAUUGUUGCAGGACUUUGGUGUCGAUGUCAACGCUCAUGACGGAGGGGGUCGCACGGCAUUGCACAAAGUAGUGGCCAGCGGUAACCUUGAAGGUGCAAUUUUCCUGUGUGAUCAUGGAGCCUGUGUGGUCUGGAAUGACAACGAAGGGGAAACCCCGGUGCAGGUUGCGUUCAAGCUUCGUGACAAGUUUGCUGACGACAAUGACCAUAGAGGCCACUGGACAGAUUCGCUUAUGUUGGCUGCUGAGGAGUACAAACAGUUAACAAUUUUGCUAUCUGGGCGUUUAGCUGAAGAUCUUGAUGCUUCAUGACAAAGACCAUCAGUCGGCGCUUAGCGGCUUAGUGCAAUGAAUGAAGGAGGCCACAGCGUUGAGAUUCUGGUGCAGGGCUGCCCUGCCGUGCCUCAAGCAAAGCUGCUUGCUCCCAGACUAAGACUGAAAGAGACCCGUGCAACAUAAGACUGUGACAAGGCCGAUGAGCCUUCACGUCCGAAGAAGCUCACCCCAUGUUGGCACACCAAGUGUGAGGUGCACCUCUCAGAGAACGAAGACACCCUUGCAGUCACUCAGAUUGUUCACGCGCUUUUGACUAAAGUGGAAAUCUUAAUCUGCCAAGUGGAUCGCAACGGGCCUUUCCAGAACUCUUCGGCUGCUCGUCGCAGCAGAAAGGACACAGGCCUUUCCAGCACUGCAGUGUGCUGUGGAUGACUCUUGGUGGUUGAUGUAAUUCAUGUCAAUCAACGAUUGUAUUUGAUCAUUUCUGUGCGUCCGCUCUUUUGUGCUUUCUCUUCAGAUGUCUCCCAGCUCCAAGUUCCUGCUCAGAGAUGCCCUGAACCAAGGCAACGAUUGCAGCUUUGAUGUAUAUAUCUCUUAGCCAUGAGAUCAUGAGAUUGCUGACAAGAUUUGUGUGAAUGUUGCACUGUGGUGCCAGAGAAGUAAGUUUCACUUGCAUCGACAGCAGAAAUGGUGUGCAUCUUGUUUGUCCCGAGGACAAUUUAGAAUUCUAACGUUGAGUGCACCCAAAGCUGCGAUAUCGUCAUUCU